AUGGGAACUAUUGUUAAUAAUCAAUGUCAGACACAAAUGAAAGUACAAAAUGAAUUGAAAUCUCGUUCGUUAACCUUCAUAGAUCCAUAUGGAAACCGAACAACAAAGAAAUAUAUGGAUCAUCAAUCAAUUAGUAAAAUAAUUCGAGAUUAUAAGAAAAAGUAUGUUCCUAAAUAUCUUCAACAAUGGAUACGAAUUGGUACUCAAAAUGAUGACAUUAUUUCACCACUGAACGAAUAUGAAUUGAAUUUUACUGUAUCUGAAUAUGAAAAUGGUCAAGAAUUUAUUUCAUAUGGUCAAAUAUCUGUAUUCGUUGGAAAAUAUGAAGAUUUUCAGCCUCAAAGAAUAGUUGUAAAUAUGCUGUUAAUGGAUAAUAUUGAUAAAAUGAAAACGAGAAUAAAACAACAACGACCGUUUCAUGAUUUUGAAUUAAGAUCAUGUAUUAUAGAUCCAAAUAUAGAACCAAACAUAACAAACUGGAGCGAAGGUACUCUUUUAAACCAAAAUCAUUCGCAAGAAAGUAUUCCUUAUGAUCAACAACGUCUUAUAUUUGGUGGAAUGCAAUUAGAAGAUGAAGAAAGCCUUUCAGAUUAUGAUACACCAGAUGAAGGUACAAUUCAUUUAGUGAUAAAAUUACGAGGUGGAAUGUAUCAUUUUACAAGUCGUCGACAAGAUUUUAGCAAUUUACCUUACGAUAGUAUGAAUGCUAUUCAAAAUGUUCUAACAUUCAGGCUUGAAGAUAUGACUGAUACUCAACAAUUAUCACCAUCUGAAUUACAAAAUUCUAUUUUACAAGCACAAACGAUUCUGUCUACUUUAUAUAGUCAUAUUAAAGGAGUCUCUAUCUCUAAUGAUAUUCCAGAUUUGAAGAAUAUUAUUUUACCAAUAUCCAAUAAUAAAGACGAUAAUAGUAAUGAUGAUGAUGGAAAAUAA